CCAAAUUUAAUGCAUGCAUCCAAAUUCCAUCCCAGGCAAGGCCACCACCCGUAGUCCUGCUUCCCCACCGUACACCCCGCCUCAGCAAGCAAGCAGAGCAACGGCCCUGAUCUAGCGGUGCCUUGACCAUUGUAGUGCCGGUGAGCGGAUCCUCUUCUCCUUCUAUUUCUCUCCUCCCAACGAGUCCCAGGCCAAACAAACGUUUUGAUAAAUCUCUGAGGGCGAGAAGAGGAGGGGGGAGAAAGAGGGGCGAAAGCGAGCGAGAUGGAGGCGUUCAAGACGUGUUUGAAGGGAUACUGGAAGCGGAGGGCGUACCAGAGGCUGGAUGGCGGCGGCGGGCGCCGGAGGAGGCGGAGCCGCGUGGAGCUGGGUGGCGGGAGGCGACGGCGGUUCUGGCGGAUCCGGGUCGUGCCGAAGCUGAGGUUCCUGGCGCGGAUGGCUUCGCCGAAGCGGUUUCUCGCGCGGAUCCGCGACGCCUACGUGCGGAUGAUGCUGUCAUUCGCCUCCUCUGGGGCGAUCGCCGCCGGGUACAGCGGCUAUGGUGGCGCUGCCGUGGCCGGCUUCGGGCGGCCGCAGCUCAAGGAGUACGACGAGAAGAUGAUUGUCGAGAUCUACAGAUCGCUGGUGGCGCAGGGCCCGCUUAUCGCCGCCGCCGCCGUCGCCGGAGGCGGCGGAGGGGACGCCGGGCGGACGGGUCGGGCUGCCCGGCGGUAGGUAGACGCUUGUCUGUUAGAUUUCCUCUCUUAUUUUUAACGAGAAUAAGCUUCCGUUUUUUUUUUCUUUUAGUGUUUUUGUCAAAAGUUUGUAUUUAAAUAAAAUCUACACCCCUAGCUUGGUGUUUCUUCACGAA